UCAGGCGAGAAGACACCGGUGGGCGAGCCUGUUGUCUCAGUUCCAGAUUCUCCAGCAACUCCUGUGAAGGAUUUGCCCACGAACCCACCCGGGGUUCAGCCAGGUGUACCGAUUGCUUCGCCUCCUGAGUUUAUUCCAAGAAAUCCACCGAAAAAUCAUCCAAUCUCAGGAGAGAUUGCACCAGCCCCGGUUUCCACCCCCUCGGCAGAUAUCCCACCAUUGCCACCAAUGGCCGUGCCACCUCCGCCAUUGCCACCAUUGACCUUGACGCCUCCAUCAUUGCCACCAUUGGCCAUGCCUCCUCCGCCAUUGCCACCAUUGGCCAUGCCUCCACCAUUGCCACCAUUGGCCAUGCCUCCUCCGCCAUUGCCACCAUUGGCCAUGCCUCCACCAUUGCCACCAUUGGCCAUGCCUCCACCAUUGCCACCAUUGGCCAUGGCUCCUCCACCAUUGCCACCAAUGGCCAUGCCGCCUCGGACAUUGCCACCGGUAGCCAUGCCGCCUACACGAAGUAGUGUGCCUCCUAGAAAUUCGUCGAACAACCACAAGCCUCCUAUAGAAGAGCCUGUUGCUCCCGUCUCAUCUCCGCCAAAGAUAUCGAUUAAAACCCCUCCUCCAGCCGCCCACGCUGUUAUCCCGGGAUUAACACCCUCCAUUUCACCAGUACCCACCUCAUCACCAACAAAGGGAUCUUCGAAAAUUCCCCCGGCAAUUCUCCCAGUCUUUCCCAGAGAAUCUCCCUCUGUCUCACCAGAUCAUGCUCCUCCUCCUGUAAACGGUCCACCAUCCAGUGAAAUCGGAAAGGAUGACGGAAGCCCGGUUGCAGCGCCCCCAAAUGAAGUUUCCAAACCCUUGCCAGCCGUACCACAUCAAGUUUCUUCUCCUUCCAUAUCUCCGUCGACCCUAAAGUCAGGGAGGCACUCUCGUCAUAAUGGUCCAUCAGAUUCUCGUCCGAGUAAUGUACAUUCUCCGGGAUCAUCCCCUCUACCUUCAUUUCCUCGGCAUCAACAAGACAGAAAGAAUAUCACUACUCCGAAACAUAGAGGUUCCAUGGUUCCUCCUCCAUCAAUGAACUAUGCUCCUUCACCCCUCAUUCCCGGUUCUUUGAUUUCUCCUUCUCACUCUCCCGUUUCUUCAUCGAUGCACCGUGUCUCGCCUGCUCCAUCACCUACUCCCACGCAAGCUUUUCCUUUCAGAUCCUCAUCAAGGCCUCCAAAGAUCCCACUCGGUUCACCUCUCCAAGCAUUUCCUCCUCCUCCUCCUAAUGCAGAUUGCAAGUCAACUAUUUGUGUGGAACCGUAUACAAAUACGCCUCCAGGAUCUCCUUGUGGUUGUGUGUGGCCUAUGCAAGUUGGAUUGCGUCUCAACGUCCCACUUUAUACGUUUUUCCCACUGGUUUCGGAAUUUGCACGAGAAGUUGCCACCGGGGUUUUCAUGAAGCAGAGUCAAGUUCGUAUCAUGGGGGCUAAUGCGGCUAGUGAGCAACCCGACAAGUCCAUUGUUCUCAUUGAUUUGGUCCCCCUCGGAGAAAAGUUCGAUAAUACAACAUCGAUGCUCACUUACCAGAGAUUCUUUAGCAAGAAAGUCUAUAUAGAUUCGUCACUCUUUGGCGACUAUGACGUUCUUUACGUGCGUUAUCCAGGUUUACCUGCAUCUCCACCGUUGGAUGUUAUAGAUGAAGGGCCGUUUUCGGGUAAUGGAGGAAAGGGAAGGAUAAAUAAGCCCCUCGGGGUCGAUGUUCCAAAGAAGCUGCGUAAUAAAGGACUCAGCGGUGGAACCAUUGCUGUUAUUGUUCUAUCGGCCUCUGCUUUGAUCGGUUUGUGUUUUGCCAUCAUUUCCGUCUUUCUGUUCAAACGAAGAGAUCACCCUUUGGAAAGUGUGCCGCUUUCCCGGCCUUCAUUACCUUCUCUCUCAAAACCAUCAGGUUCUGCAAGAUCUCUAACUGGAAGCCGUCUCAGCUCCACUUCAUUGUCUUUUGAGUCAAGUAUUGCUCCAUUCACUCUCUCCGCGAAGACGUUUUCUGCGAGUGAACUAGCGAAAGCUACAAAUAACUUUGAUGGGUCUCGGGUUCUCGGGGAAGGAGGUUUCGGGCGUGUGUAUAGCGGAGUUCUCGAGGACGGAAUGGAAGUAGCGGUCAAGGUUCUGAAGAGGGAUGACCAGCAAGGCAGCCGGGAAUUCUUGGCUGAAGUGGAGAUGCUUAGCCGGCUUCAUCACAGAUACCUCGUAAAUUUGAUUGGUAUAUGUACGGAGGAACGUAACCGUUGCUUGGUCUACGAACUCAUUCCGAACGGCAGUGUGGAAUCACAUCUGCACGGUGUUGAUAAGGAGGCUUCUCCUCUCGAUUGGGAGGCUCGGUUGAGGAUAGCGCUAGGUUCAGCUCGCGGUCUAGCAUAUCUGCACGAAGACUCGAGCCCGCGGGUUAUACACCGGGAUUUCAAAGCAAGCAACAUCUUGCUGGAACGUGAUUUCACGCCCAAAGUCUCGGACUUUGGCUUGGCUCGAGCCGCAUUGGAUGAAGAAAACAGACAUAUAUCGACCCGGGUCAUGGGAACUUUCGGGUAUGUAGCGCCAGAAUAUGCGAUGACCGGGCAUCUUUUGGUGAAGAGCGAUGUCUACAGCUAUGGAGUUGUCCUUCUGGAGCUCCUCACGGGUCGAAAGCCAGUGGACAUGUCUCAGCCGGCAGGACAAGAGAACCUAGUGGCUUGGUCCCGACCUCUCCUCACGAGCCGGGAAGGGCUCGAAGCCAUCAUAGACCCUUCUUUAGGACCCGGUGUCCCGUUCGAAAGCGUGGCCAAAGUCGCAGCCAUCGCCUCAAUGUGCGUUCAACCAGAAGUCUCACAUCGUCCGUUCAUGGGCGAGGUGGUCCAAGCCCUGAAACUUGUCUGCAACGAAUGCGACGAAGCCAAGGAGCUGAACUCUGUAACUUCGGCUACACAAGAACAAUCUUUCGACGCUCGGGUCGAGAGCUCAAGCUCAGGAAGGAUGGCAAUGUACCCGUUAUUACCGAACUACGAGUCGGAGCCUGACACGGAGAGGGGACUGUCUGUUUCGGAGAUGUUCACUGGUUCGGGGACGUUAGAGAGAGAGACAAUGGCAGGUUCGUUUAGAAGACAUUCGAGUUCUGGUCCAUUGACGACAGGUCGAGGGAAGAAGUUCUGGCAGAGAAUAAGGAGACUGUCCACUGGAAGCUUGAGCGAACACGGGUCUUAAAAAAACAUGUGUUAGGGAUUGAACGGAAACAGAGAUUCUCAAUUUGAACAUAUUAUGUUUAAAAAGAAAUUCCAGUAACGAUUUUUUCCAGGUGUA